CAGUGAUCAUUUCAUAUACAUUAUGAUUGUUCAUCAUAAAUUGUUUGAAUAGAUUAUUAUCGUUAUUUUUUCAGCAGGCUAAUCUAAACAAAUAAACACUGCUGGAGCUAUUUUACAGGGUUUUAAUAAAGCAGUUUCUACAAUAGAAAUGUCGACGUCACUGGCAGAGCAGCUGCAGAAGCUGCGUGUGCCUCAAACAUCUUUAUUACUGCAAGAUAAAAAACGUCCGAGUCUUCUGUUUGAUCCAAGAGAGGCUGCCAAUCUCGAUCGUGAAACAGUCUUCAAUAUAGGAAAGAAUGGCCUCGAGGAAUUGAUAAAACUGUCCAGUGUAUUCAAAGAAUUUGAAACCACAAUAUUCGCUCAAAGUGCAAUAAAUCUAGAACGUUCAGUUCAAGAUGCAAAAGUUAAUAAGCGCUUGGAUGCAGGAGUAGAAAAGUUUUUGAUCUUCCUGUCACCGUAUUUUCUACUGAACACUGCUCACAAGGCACUGGAGUGGCUCAUCUACAGAUUUCACAUCCACGAGUUCAACAAGGAUGCUUUCCUCAUGCUCAUACUGCCUUAUCACGAGACAAGGAUGUUUGUUAGAGCAUUGCAGUUGGUGGAGUUGAAGAAUCAGUCUGACAAGUGGCACUGGCUCCAGCCCCUGCAGAGACCUGGGGUCCCUCUGUCCACCAUGACUCUUGUGAAUCGCGUUGCCGUGGAUAAUGCUCUCCUGAAACUACUCUGCAAUCAUGUGGUCCAAGCAACAACCGUUUACGACGAUGGAGCAUCCUCCCUGAGUACACUCUACGCUUUUUAUACUACAGCCAUCAUUGGCAGCAUCGAGAGAACUGAGAAAAUAUCUGAAGUGCAGAUUAAUUAUCUACUUCCAUCUUUAGUUAAAGGUCUGUCUAGCACAGUCACUGAUUUUAUUGCUGGAAAUUAUAUGAUUCUGGUGCAAUUAUCCAGAAAAACUAAACUGACUGAUGCCACUGUGGAGUAUCUGAUUGCAAGAGCCCUGAAAAAUCCAACAUUGAAACACGAUUUGAUACUUCUCAUUUGCUCACUCUACGAGACCUCGAACAAUCGACCCAACUCUAUUGCCGAUAAAAUUGUGCUGAGGAUAUCCGGAUUCGACUGGUUCUGCGAUGAGAUAUCUAAUGUCAAGUCUCAUGGAAUCAAAGUGACUAAAUUCGUUGUUCCACUCGUCGAGUCCGCAAUAAAAAUUGUUCUGAGAAAUCCUCGUGAGAAUGAAGGAAUCAGAAGAAUGGUGAACGAUAUAUUCCAAAAAAUUCGAUUCGACGAUUAUGAAGUGGAUGUUAUUCUACGAAACACGUUGAAGCCAAACCUGAUAUCUGAGGAAUUGAACGAAGAUGGCAAGGCCUUUUUAUCAACUCUCUUCAAUUCUCUGGAGAUCAGGUAUCCCGUUCAAUUCGACGAAUACUUGAAAAAGCUGAUGAGAACAAGUGAGAAGAAAUCAGAAUCCAAGGAAGCACUCCAGUUUUUAACGACUUGGCACGAUGGAAUAGAGAGCACGAAAAAAUCAAUGGAGAUUUUCGAUAAACUCAAUCAUUACAGUGCUGAGCAACGAAUCAUGGCGUUGGAGUGUCUAGCAGCAUCGCCUGGCGAAAUUGCUGAGGGAUUCCAAGACAUGGUCAUCAAGUCAAUGCUGGAUCGAUUCAACGACGAUGAUGCCAGAGUCGUUGGAACGCUGUUAAAUUUUCCUGUCAAGAUAUUAACGCGCUUAUUCCCAGCGGACAUUUUGACAGAUAGACUAAUGAUUCUUCUCUCGCAAUGUCACACCGAGAAGAAGAACGUUCUAGCUCAACCAGCAGUCAAGCUCCUCCUGGAACUCUGUGACGAUGGGGAUGACACCUGCGUUUUCAUCGCCACUUUACCAUACCUCUUCCCAAGCACGGAGAGUGAAACAAAAAUUGCAAUGCAAGUUCUCGAUUCGGAUUUUGCCAAUAAAAAUAAAUACCUGAGUGUUGUCAAGAGGGAUGUCGGACGAAAAGCUGAUGCUGCAUUGAUUUGUUCAGCAGCAUUCCACAACAUCUUGAACAGAGAAAUUCUACCACCGACCGAGAAUAUCCUAACAACGAUGAAAACGUCGUACGAUAAUGACGCCACCUCAUUAUUCUUCAAUUUAAUUCUCCUUGGAUCUGUCUGCCGAGUGCCUGUGGGCUCACUGCCAUCGAACCUUGCCCUGGAGGUGAUCGAAAUGGCUGCCGAGAUGAUAAAAAAAUAUCCCAAAGUGGCGAGUUUACCUGAUUGUAAUCAACUCAAUGGGGACAGAAUCCACGACGGAUUGAAGCUCACAUCACGAGGGAUUCUUCCACUUCAAGCUGUCACCUACGUCCUUGAGAUGGUCCACAGACGUCUAGAGCUCAAGGCAAAUAGGAUUUUAGAUUUUGAGGCAAAUCCCCAGACGACAAAACUUGUCCUCCGCCUCGUGGAGAUACUCCUCGAUGGCAUGGCAUUCCCAAAACGACAGCCCCAUUACUCCUGGUGUUUGAAGAUCUUCUUUCAACGGCACUUCCCCACUGGUGAAGAUAUGCUUCGGUUUCUAUCUGAAUUCUUCAUAAAACCAGUGAAUGCACAAACCUCUCUCCAUGCUCUGAAUGUCACCUCGAAGGUUCUCGCUAAAUGUGAUUCUUUUCAAUGGAUAUUUGGGGACAGAGUAUUUCUCUCAAAUUUUUUGAUCGCUCUGUCGAGACAUAAUAAACAGUGUCGAGAAGCAGCUGUUGAUAUCCUCAAAAGACUGUCUCAAACAUUCAAUUUAGAAAUGGAAGGCUGCUCCACAUUGCUGUAUGAACUCGCCAAGCGCUCGUCCGAAAUCGCCAUGGACCCUGACCAACUGUCACUGGUACUCUACACACUACUGUCCCCGGAUCCAGACGUGAAAGCUCAAUUGAAGAAGGACAUUCGAGGGAAACUUGAGAAAGCCCAAGAAUUUUUCUUCAGUAUUAUUUCCGAUGAGAGCACACCAAUUCAUGUGACAUCACAGCUGCUUGAAGUACUUGUUCACGUCAAUGGUCCUGAGUUAUUGAAAGAGCUGAGUGUCAAAGGGCUAGAAUUGUUGGAGAAGCUCGAGAAUAAUCCCAAGAAUACUGACCACAGCAUGGCAAUGGCGUUGAAGAAUAUCCUACAGAGAUUCAACAGUACAACGGUUGGGGCCCUUGAUGACAGGACAGUCUGGAAAUUCUUUGAAGCAGCUAUCACCAAUCAUCGAUUACUCAUUGCAACUGAGAAUGAACAGUAUACACCGAGUGUCAUCCUCAUCAAGCAGAUUGAUCAUGUAUUUUUUGAAAAUGCUGGAAGAAUGUCGCAGAAUCUGCAGCGAAAAAUUUUUGCUCUCUUUGUGGACAUUGUUACCGAUUGCGAAAUUGGCAGUAUUGUGGCGGUCGCCAACAGGACAGUCCGGAAAAUAGUAGUCGAUGCACAUCUAGUUGUUGAGGAGCUCCAGCGAAUGAGGGAAGCAAAAUCCACCAAAGAUGAUGGUAACGAUAAAAAUAAAUCAGGAGUUUCAUCGAGGAUGAAGAGACGCUCCAAGAAUCUCGACAUUUCUCAACGUCCUGAGGUGAUCAACACACGAGAAUGGAAACGUGGUAUAACGAUUCUCGAAUUCAUCCAGAAAGCUGUCAACAUCAAGAAUGAAAAGUUAUUAAUGCCUGUGCUAUUUAAUCUUUUGAGAAUGUGUCUCAAUUUUGAAGAGCAGAGUCCCUUGCAAUACACGAAUCAGUUGUUGCUUUCAAACAUCCAUAAACUGGCAACGAUGAACAUUCCAGUACCAGAUCCCCACCUGCAGGUUGAUCUCAUCUCACAGUGCAUCAGAACAUCACACAAUCCCCAAACUCAUCAUCACGCUCUUCUAGUUCUUGUUGAGCUUUUCAAGGUCGCUAAUAUUGACAUAGCUCUCCACAACAUCAUGCCAAUCUUCACGUUCAUGGGAAGUUCAGUACUGAGACAGGACGACGCCUACUCCAUACAAAUAAUUUCCAAGACAAUCGAGACUAUUGUACCGAUAAUAAAUGCCGCUGACGAUGAGACCCACGCGUGUGAGAUUCUGAGGAUUUUCAUUGUGUCACUCGCUGAUAUACCGGAGCACAGAAGAAUUCCCCUGUUUGUUAAACUCCUUCAGCUUCUAGAGAAUCAUCUCCACUUAUUCUAUCUUCUGACGUUCGAGUGUCAUGUAUUGGCACAGAAUAAUAUUCUGCAGGACAAGAAAAACUCCUCACAAAGACUUGAAUUCGCACUCACGAUUUCACAGGAGUUUUUGCCGAAGACAUUAGUUGGAGUUUGCAUUGAGUUGGUUAAAUUUAUCAGGAGUCUUCCAGUCGAACUUGAGGAAGAGGCAAGCAAAAGAAAUCUCUCGUUUCAAAAGAAACAUAUAUUCGAUGUUGCGCACAACACGCCGAAGCAGUUGAGACAUUACAAAUACACGACUGUGCAAUUCUUAAAUGCCCUGCUAUCCUCUCCUGAUUUCGUUGACAAAACUGCUCACUUAGAUGCAGCUGAAACUGCAGCAACAAAGCCCUUGUAUGAUACACUUCUUGUCGAGCUUGUUUUGCUCAUUGAAAGUGCAUCGAAGAGCGCUGAUCUCCAUCAAGGAAAACUCAAGGGUAAAUAUUGGAAAGUCCUCCUUCACAAUCUCUGUGAUACCCUGGAUGCCAUCAAUGCAUUACUACCCAAUGCUGUGUUCAUCGCUAGUGUGAAGAAACUGAUGAAUCAUCAUCACGUAACAGUGAAAAGAAAAUCACUCGAGCUACUGAAUAAUCGUCUGCAACAGAGGAAAUUUAACGAGGAAGACUACGACGAUCUAUUAACUCUAGUCGGUUCACUUCUGGAGACUAUAUCUCUCCAGGGGAAAGUGUUAAAUCAGGAGACGGAGGUCAUUCAACAGACUGCUCUCAUAACUCUCAAGCUGUUGGCGAAAUUCUUAGCAUCGGACAAUCCCGAGAAAUUCAAACCUGUCUUGGAAAUUGCCAUUGAAUUCCUAAAGACCAAGGAAGGACCACUACUAGGCUCGAUAGUUCUCUGCCUGGCAGAACUCUGUGGCACUAUGAGGACUCACGUGAUUCCAUAUCUCAGUAAGUUUUUCCCAGCAAUAUUGAAACUUUUGAAAACUCGUUGCUGUCAAGAAUCGCCGGACGUUGUCACCAUCAGCAUCAUCAGUGCGCUUCAAAAAAUCGUGGAAUCCAUUGGAAAUUUCUUGUCACUCUAUUUGGAACAACUAUUGCUGGAAUUAUGCAAGUUGAGUUCUCUUUACGCUGACAGUGAUCACCCGAAGAUUGGCAUCAUCGUCUCGAGACUGAAAAUAAUCCGACAAAAACUUGUCAGUUGUAUUCGAAUGAGGGUUUUGCUGCCUGCCGUUGAGAAAACUUAUACAAGUCUUUUGAAAUCCGAGAGUUAUCAAUGCAUUCCGGUUCUGAUGGCUAUUCUAGCUGAAUCCUUCGUGAAUUUAACAAAUUCAGACCUCCAGACUGCUAUUCCCGAUAUCACAGCCUUCUUCUUGCGUGUUCUUCAAUUCAGGGAAGAUAUCAACAUUUCUGACGAAGACGAGAAGCAACAGGAAAAUAUUCAAAAAGCCAUUACUAGUAUUGAAGAGAGCGCUGGCAAGAGCUUAGUCUCACUGGUGCUGAAACUCAGUGAAGCGACUUUCAGACCGUUAUAUUAUAAAUUGUACGAUUGGGCUGCGAGAAAUUCCGAUAAGAAAUUGAGAAACAUCACAUUCUACAGAUUGUCAGCCAACAUCGCUGAAUGUCUAAAAUCAUUGUUCAUUCUGUUUGCCGGCCAUUUUCUCAAACAUGCGGCUGUUCUACUCCAACAGAACAAUUUAUCUAUUGCAAAUGAAGCAGCAGAUAAUACUCUGGAGAAUGAAACUGACAGAAUUGAAUUGAUUGAGAACAUUCUCACCACGCUCCACAGAGUCUUCAGUUACGAUGCCCAUAAUUUUGUCAAUCAAGAAAAAUUCGACAUCUUGUCACAGCCGAUUGUCGAUUACAUUGAAUACACGGAAGGAUCGAAGGAGAAGUUUGAGGAACGGUCGAGUCAGCUGGUGGUGCCUUGCAUCGCUUCAUUUGCCAGUGCCAUUCAGGAUGAUUCACUCCACAAACAACUGGUUUACCAAGUUUUACUCAAGACAAGACAUAACAAAUCGCAUGUGAGGAGUGCAGCCUUGAGUGCCUUGAUUGAAAUUGCAAGGAAACUGGGAGAGGAUUUCAUGCCUCUGCUGCCGGAGACUGUACCUUUCCUCGCUGAAUUAUUGGAAGAUGAGGAUGAGAAUACGGAGAAGAUUGCGCAAAACGCUGUGCGGACGCUUGAAGACAUACUUGGGGAACCAUUGCAGAAAUAUUUUUAGAUUAAUUCAAGUAUAUUUUAUGAAAGCAGCGAGAUUUAAUUUAUAUAUAGGAAAAAAUCAACUUUGAAGAAUAAAAGAGUGAAGAAGAUUGUUUUUACA